AUGAUACAUAGACAGUUGGAGAUCAAAGUCAUCCAUUCAUCAGAUAUCGUAUCACUCUAUCAAUGUGUCCAAAGUGGAGACACUGCCAAGUUCAUCCAUCACUGUGAUCAGUUGGACAUCAGCAUUCAUUCGCCCAAAGAGUUGCUCGAUACGAUCAAUGAAUCAUUCUAUCAUGCGUUACACAAACAGAAUGUUACAUUGGUGACAUAUAUAAUUGAGUUGUUCAGAGAUGGCAACACGACGAAUGAUCAGUUUGUCCAACAUGUAAGAUCGUCAUUGUUCUCUUUCCUAAGAUACAACAUGAACAUCGAGUUAAGUCGGCCAAUGAUACAUACACUACUUGGAUACCUCCCAGACAUUGCUCCUCCAUUGCUUCACCAAAUAAUGAUGAAGACUGCAUUGUCCCAACACGGGGACCUUGACCUCUACUACCAGCUGUAUCACCACCAUCAAGGUUAUGACCUUGCACCUGCAUUCCAACACUAUGUCUUCAUAGGCUAUCAGAUGAAAGAGUUCAAUCCAAUGUUUGCCAAGUAUCAAUCGAGAAUAAUCAAUGACUUUAUAGCAUACCUGGGCAAGCCAUCACUGAAUACCAAUGUCAAUGAUGACAUAUUCGCCGAGUUCUUGUUGGUGUUCACAAUCAAGCAUCGACUGUUUGACCUGUUCAUGACGAUUGCUAAGCAUGUCAACACUGAUCCAAACUUGGACUCCCAAUAUCUCUCGGCUUCCGCACAUCCGAUCACUGUCGCAACACUGUUGGCGCUCACACACUCAAUACCGAAACUGAUCAAUCGACUUGCACGUGAGGGAGACCUCGUAUUUCUGAAGCUUGUCCUGCCUCUUGUAGCCGUACACCUGGACACAAAGGUGAACUCUCAAGCAACAUCCGUUCAAAUUUUUGAUCCUGAUUUGCUACAAUGUGCGUUGACUGGCGGCCACUAUGAAUGUGCACUCUUCAUCCUGGACAACUUUACUCAAUACCUUGCAUUGCUCCCCUCUGUUGGCAUGCCUGGAUGGUCCAACGAAGUAGGUGACACCAAAUGGACGGUGACCAGUAUAAACAUGUCAAAUGACCAUGAUCACAACUGGCCGUGGCCAGACCUCAUCGAGAGACUUGUUGGGCAUAUCUCGGUGGAGUGUAGAUUCAAAGAUCUAUAUUCAGAUGCGAUCAAAGCCAGACGAAUGGAUGUGAUUGAACUAUUUGGAUCACUGAUCAGCAGCAACAGAGUCAAGGUCAAGAAGGACACCUUUGACAGCGCACUAAGCAUUGCGAUUAGGGAACAAUACUGCGAGGCCAUCGAAGCGAUCAUUCACUAUCGUCCAUCGUUCAAAUAUAUAAGCUUGAUGGACAUUGAUCAAUGUACAUCUAACGUCCAAGAUAUGCUACUAGCCAGUAUACCACCUGGCUCCAUUAUCUUUGACAACACCACCAGCAUCCCCAACAAGAUAAUCGACCUGUCCCCGACUACGAUCCGGAUGUUGAUCAAACAUCAGCAUCAUCCGCAAUGUUGGCGCACGCUUCUAAGGAGUGCUGAGCUGUUGGAUGAUAGAGAGCUAAUUGGUAUACUUGGCAAUCAUGGAUAUGGCACGACAUCAUACAAGGGCGAUCCUUGGACCCUUGGCUAUGACCUUGAUGUCACCACAAGGAAUAGAGUGCAGCCAACUGUACAAGACUAUAUGUUGUACGUCUUGCUCAAUCAGAGGACGAGUCAAAGGGCCAAGAUCGACAGACUUCUGGCUUCACCAAAGCAUAAUGCUCGUGUUGAUAAACAUGGCCACCCUGCAAUUAUGGGACAGUUGAUGAGAGAUGAUGUCAUUGAGCUCUUCAACAUGAAGCUUCAACCAGAUGAUCCUCCAUAUCAACUAAUACCAUAUCGUGCUGAUGUCAGUCACUUGGACAUGGAUCUCAUCGAGUUCAUUUGGAGUAGAUUGAAUGAUUCACUCAAACAAGAUCAACAAUUCAUCAUUAGUGUAUUAUCAUCAACAGCUGCAAUCAAUAACUUUAAGAUGUAUCGUUAUGUUAUUGAUCAAUGCUUGACUAGUGUGGACAUCCAGGAGCCAUUCAUACAAGUACCAAGUAUUCAAGUGAUCAAUGAGAAUAUCCAACUAUAUAGACGUUACUCAUCGAUCACUUCAAUCAUCCAGUUGUUCCGUCCAGACUCCAACUCUGAUGAUCAAUCAACACCAACAAGUCCAUACCAUCGACUUCACAUUCCACUCGUACAAUCAGAGUUCCAACAAUACCAAUUACUCCUCACCAAUCUUGGUGUCUUCAAUCCAUCACAAAAGGAUGAGUGUAACGUUUGA